AUGGCAAAAGGACUGAAAAAGCAACUACCUGACAUUAAUCUGGAGAAUUACAUAACCAGAGACACUCACUGUCUUUGCUACAACUUCACCAUCAUGUUUAAGUCCCCACCUGGACAGCGAUGCUGUGAGGUUCAAGGCCAGGUAGAUGAAAAGAUUUUUCUUCAUUAUGACUGUGGCAGCAACAAAGUCAUAACCUUGGGUUCCCUGAGGAUGAAGACCACAAAGAAAUGGGAAAAACAGACCGAAACUCUGAAAGAUAUGGGAGCUGAGCUCAAAAAGCUACUGCCUGACAUUAAACUACAGAAAGGACCUUCAGCAAGGGGGGCAGCUCCUCUCACCCUGCAGGCCAAGAUGGGUUGUCAGUGUGAAGCAGGCAGGCACACCAGAGCAUCCUGGCACUUCUGCUUUGACAGACAGAUGUUCCUCCUCUUUGACUUGGAAAAAAAGACGUGAACAAAGGUGCAUCCUGGAGGCAGGUUGAAGAAAGAGGAGUGGGAGAAGGACAGGGAUGUGAGCAAGUUCUUCAGGAGAACCUCACAGGGAGAUUGCAACAGAUGGCUUAAGGAAUUUUGGGGGCACUGGGAGAAAAUGCUGGAGCCAACAAGGAACUGAGAAAGGGGAAAAGAAGCAGUAGACUCCUUUUCUGAGUGUCUGCGUGUACUUGCUUGUGUGUGUGUGUGAAUCCAUUUCGCAGUGAAUUCUUCAUGGGAGGAUAAUGGACACAGGAAUUUUCACCCCAUCCUCACUUUCCCUUCUUACCUGCUGACAUCUCCUCACUACACACACCUGUGCUCUGUUCACCUUGCUUUUCUUAUACGCUCCACACAUUUGGGCAUCAUGAUGUUUCCAGAACUUUUCUUCUUACUAUUCUUUCUUCUUAGAAUCACUUUUCUUUCUCAGCUCUCUUGGUCAA